CGGUGAAAACGACGGGGAAGACUUUGGCCACAACUGGACCGCUCCUGACCAAGAUCUCAUCUUGAAGCUGGUAGCCCAGAUUGAGUACUACUUCUCGGACGAAAACCUCGAGAAAGACGCCUUCCUUCUGAAGCACGUCCGGAGGAACAAGAUGGGUUACGUCAGCGUGAAGCUCUUGACCUCUUUCAAAAAGGUAAAGCACCUGACCCGUGACUGGAGAACAACUGCGUACGCCCUGAAAUUUUCUGAAGUCCUGGAGCUGAACGAAGACAGCAGAAAAGUUCGAAGGAACACGCCAGUUCCCGUAUUUGCCAGCGAGAAUCUCCCCAGCAAGAUGCUGCUCAUCUACGACAUCCACCCGGCGUCUGACCUUCGUCGCGAGGGCGAGAGGCAGGCGAACGGAUGCGUGCAGGAGAAGAUGAUGGAGAAUCUUCUUAAAGCGUUUGUCAAAUUCGGGGUCAUCGCCUCGGUUCGCAUCCUCAAGCCCGGUAGGGACCUGCCGCCCGACAUCAAGACGUUCAGCAGCCGAUACAGCCAAGUCGGAACAGAGGAAUGCGCCAUCGUGGAGUUUGAAGAGGUGGACGCCGCCAUAAAAGCGCACGAGUCGAUGUGUGUUGCGGACAACGAGACGGACAUGAAGGUCGUGCUCAUUGGGAUGAAGCCCCCCAAGAAGAAAGUUCCGAGAGACAAGACCCGCGAAGAAGACCCCGACAAGGGUCUCGCCAAAACACGGUCAAUGAACAAGAGAGUGGAAGAACUGCAGUAUGCUGGCGACGAGUCUUCAACCAACAGCUCCUCCGAGCCAGAGAGCAACCCGACGUCGCCCAUGUCGGGUCGCCGAACCAGUGCCUUGAACAAGUUGAGCCCCCCCACCUACCAGAACAAUCACCUUAGCCCGAGCGUCUCACCGAGGUCCAGUCCUUGGAACAGCCCUUCUUUGUUGCGCAAAGUUCCCAGGAUGUCUCCACUGGCUGAAGACGGCAGGUUGAGCCUCAGCACGAGUCCCGAAAUGCUGAGGAGGUGCACGGAUUAUUCUUCAGACAGCAGCAUCACCCCGUCCAGUAGUCCGUGGGUUCAAAGGCGGCGGCAAGCUCAAACUCUGACACAUGAUAAAAGUCCCAUCGGUAGCCCGGUUCUGAGUUCCAAAAUACAGAACGCAGUCGGGUUGCCAGUCGGGGUCUUGCGUUUACCGAGAGGCCCGGAUGGUACAAAGGGGUUCCAUAACGGGUACGAAAGGAAUAAGUCCACCAAGAACGAAUAGAUCUUGUGCAAUGUGUUUUGGUUUUUUUAAGGAUUGCCAGUCGGUGGAUUAUUCGAUGGUUGAACACGUUCAAUGACUUGACCAAGGCAGUAUUUCGUUUUUUAAAACUUUUUGUAUCCAUGUAGCUUCCUAUGUUUGUAUUUGCCUAUAAUCGACCUUUUCGUAUUAUUAUUUUUUUAAUUUCCUUUAACGCGAGAUGCAUUUUAUUUUCUGUCUUUAUGUCGGGUGCAACAAACCUUUUCGGCAAAGCGCCAGUAGCCAAACACAAAUAUAUUCCGUUGAUGUAAACUAUCAGAGUUGUAUCUGUCGGCCAAACAGUAUGUUGGAGUCCCUUCGUUUGUUUUUGUUACAUAUUGGAAAGAACUCUGGAGUUCCAGACGUUUAUUUGUGUCUUGCCUCUUGUUCCAAAGACUUGUCCUAGCAUACGGUACAGCCAAAAAAUACAGGGAAUAAAUAAC